UUUCUUCUUCUUCCUCCUCCUUCCUCCAGCAUUUUCCCGUCCCCCGACCAGCCUGCCAACUUGCCUCUCAUCCCGUCCAACCUCAACACGGGAGGCUCCCUGCCCGAUCUGACCAACCUGCACUUCCCUUCCCCGUUGCCUACGCCCCUCGACCCGGAGGAGUCGUCCUAUCCCAGCCUGAGCGGCGGAAGCAGCACCAGCAACCUGGCCAACACCAUGACGCACCUGGGUAUCAGCGGCGGGAUGGGCCUUGGCCACGGCUACGACCCUCCAGGGUUGUGUUCAUCUAUGCAGAGCUCCCUCAGUAACCCCUGUCUCCAGUCCUCGCUUAACGCCCCCACCCGGCGCCCGGCGCCCUCCCCCCUUGGCAGCCAGUCCAUGCCUUCCUCCCUCAGCACCCCCUCGCUAUCCACCUCGCUCAGCAACCCCUCCCUCCCCACCUCGCUCAGCGCCCACGCGAUGCCGCCCCUCCCGGCUAACCCCCGGCUGCCCCCACCGCCCCAUCCACACCACCAGCCGCCCCCUGGCUUUGGGGGGCCGGCCUCCUCUUCCUCCUCUUCCUCCUCCACCGCUUCGUCCCCAGCCGCCUCCUACACCCCCCUGAACGCUUCCCCCCGGCGCAGGGUCCCCCUCAGCCCCCUGACUCUCCCCAUGCCUGGAGAAGCGAGACGACAACACCCCAAACAGUUUUCGCCAACUAUGUCACCAACAUUGUCUUCCAUCACCCAGGGAGUACCGUUGGACACCAGCAAGCUCCCUGCAGACCAGCGGCUUCCGCCCUACCCUUACAGCCAGCCAGGCGUGCUCCAUCAACACAGCCAGAAGUCCCAGCACCCGGUGCCUGGAGGAGUCCCUACCUCUCCUCAAUCCCGCCAGCCGUCUCAACCGCCCUGUCCCUACCCGACGCAUUACCAGCCUAAUUCCAUGUACCAGCACCAGCUCAACCAGCCGUUGAGCGACUUCGGCUUUGGCAACUUCGACCAGUACAGCUUUGUCGACAACAUGACGGGAGGUUUUGCCUUCAACAGCAACGCCUUCAUGGACGACAUGGGUGCCUUAAAUUACUCGCCGGGCGACAACAUGGGACCGCCGGUGGGCGGAGGGGGCGGCCACAGUAGCAACAGCACCGCCAUGAACGAUCCCCACUUACUCGGUCGUCAGAACCUGAGUAAUUGCAGCCGCCAUGGUCCCAUUCCUAACAUCAUUCUCACAGGGGAUUCCCCGCCUGGCAUCUCCAAAGAAAUCGCCAGCGUCCUGGCAGGCAUGCCGGGUUUCGAAAUGGACGCAGCUUCCCUGGGUUUGGACGAGGAUUUGAAGAUUGAGCCGCUGAGCUUGGAUGGACUCAAUAUGCUGAGCGACCCUUACGUCCUGCUGACUGAUCCGUCUGUUGAAGACUCCUUCCGCACCGACCGGCUCCAGUGAACACGAGGGGUGCCCUGAGCCCCCCCACAACACAACACACCACCACCCCGUCCCUUGCCGGGACAGCAGGACCCUCACGAGCCGUGGAGAAUCAAACGGGGCCGGGCCGCGCUACCAAUCCUCGGGGACCCGAUCGAGACAGAGCGGACAAUUUGCGCUUUGCUUCCUCCCCGUUUCCCAAACGCCGCGUUAUCCCUGCCCCACCUGGGGAGACCCCUGUAGCUUCCGUAGCUUGAAUGCUUCCACGCUUGGCCAAGAGGCAGGGCCGGCCCCAGGUUCAAGGGACUUGAGCAGGGGCAACGAGACAGUGGGAGAGCUGCCCUUUCAAAUCCACCUGGUGUCCGAUGGACCGGACGAGCGGACGAAGCGAGGAGGGGAGCUCCUUCCCAGACGUCUCCGGGUUGGGCGAGAUCAGGGGGGUCACCUUCUGAACCCCUCAAAACAAGGAACAGGGCGAUGUGAAAGCAUCUCGGCCAUCUUUCGCCCUGUAACUCUACCUGUGUAUCGUUUCUGUACAAGGUGGCAACCAGAGGGAGAGGAGAGAAGAGAGAAUGUCAAUCAUUUUGUUAUCGUUUCCCCACCACCCUUAAUUUUUCUCGCCUAAUCGAUUUCUUGCUCUCUCUUUUUUUAUUUUUAAAGAAUUCUGUAUAUAACCCUUUCUCUGUUUCCUUUUCCUCUUUCUCCUCCUCUCUCUCAUUCUCUCUUUCUCUCUUUCUCUCUCUGUCUCAAAACUGCCGUUUUUUUUUUCACCCUGGAGAGAUGAAGGAGAAUUAGUUUCUAGUUAAGGCACUUCUAACUUUUGCAUUCUUAAUCCGUCGGAUGUCGAAGACCAGCAGCCGAGGGCCGGGAAGGGUGGGCUGGUGGGAGGACACCCCACCCCCAAUCCGGGUCAGCCACGGGCCCGGCUUGUCGCCUCCUUCCACUUCCCUUCCCCCUUAGAGGAGGAGACGAACCAGAAUGAUUUUAUUAUUAUUUUUUAAAUACAUGUGAAUUAUCAUGA